AUGGUGAGUGAAGGAGGAGCAACAACAAUGGAAAUUGACCGAUGCUUCGAGAAGAUGAAGGAGAUGAAAAUGGAAGGAGUCGUGAUCACUGAGUGGAAAGAUAUUCCCGUGGAGCUUCUGAUGAGGAUCCUUAACCUUGUAGAUGAUCGGACGGUGAUCACUGCCUCUGGUGUCUGCAGUGGCUGGAGAGAUGCUACUUCCUUUGGCCUCACUCGUCUCUCUCUCUCUUGGUAUGCAUAG